GAGAGAAAGAGAAAGAGAAAGAAACCCAGAGAGAGAAAGAAAGGAACAGAGAGAGAGAGAGAGAUAGAGAGAGAGAGCGCCCUGAAAGAGACCCAAAGAUGGUCGAAGAGAAAGACCUCUGAGAUCAUCCUGAGAAGGGCAGUAAUAGAAAAUAAUUAAUUUAUUAUUAUUGUUCAAUUUUUUUCUUUGCUGCCUUUUGAAGAAUCAAUCUCCCUCACCUAUCCCCACUUCCGACCUUCAUUCAUUGAUUCAUUCAUUUUUUCAUUCACUUGCAUUUGCAUUUGCAUUAUUCAAAGAUUUCCAUUAUUACCGUCAACAGUAGCUGCGAAAAAGACUUAUUCCCAACACCCUUCCUUUAUGCUCCCAUUAUAUUGGAUAAGCCGCUGAGCCAGGCUAUAUGCGGUUGUCGACCAGAAGGGUGUUGUGAGAUCCAUUAAAACAUUAAAAAGAUGAGGGACCAUGAUAUGUUCAUCGCACCCAUUGCCUCCAUGAAUUUGCGUGUGUUUGUAACAUAGUUUUCGCUAGUUAGUAUAUAUUUGCCUUCAUACAAUCCAUAAAGGUGGUUCCUUUUUUCAGUUUUUGGGGGUUUCUUUGUGGUUGGAUUUUGGAGAAGAUUGAAGGGGGGGGGGGUGAGUUGUAUAACAAACCUGGCGAUUUUGUAUAGUGUGUUGUAUAGCGUCGUGGCUGACCUCCACCACAGCUGCAUUUGGUUCAUCAAGCAAUGAAGGGUAGAUGGGACCCCUAUGGAUUCGGGGUCUCAUGUUUCUUGGCAUUGAUUCUGGUUUUUGGUAUUCCGGGGUGUUGGUCGCUUAACGGUGAAGGGUUGGCUUUGUUGGAUUUCCGGGCCAGAAUUGAUUGGGAUCCUUAUGGUGCUCUUCAAAAUUGGAGUCCUAAUGACUCCGAUCCCUGUAUGUGGUCUGGAGUUUCUUGCGUGGAUGGUGAAGUUCAAAUGCUGGAUCUGAGUGGGCUUUCUUUGGACGGGACACUGGCACCGGAGCUUCGGAAACUUUGUAACUUGCAAUCUCUCAUACUUUUCAAGAACCAUUUCUCUGGUGCCAUUCCUAAAGAGAUUGGAGAGCUUGCAAAACUGGAACAGUUGGACUUGAGGGACAAUAACUUGAGUGGAGCUAUUCCAGCAGAAAUAGGCAUAAUGCCGUCACUAAAACACUUGUUGCUUUGUGACAAUAAAUUUGAAGACAGCAUUCCUUUGGAGAUCAGCAGGUUCAGCUUUCUCCCUGAAUAUUUUGAUGAUAACCUUACAGUUGCUGUGAACACUGGAAUCGGCUGUAUGAAUAGAAAGUUUGGACACUGCAUUGGGCAGAUUAAUUCAAGACAAUUGAACAUGGCAGAUUCGUAUAUAAUCCCAAUUAAAGGAGCUCUUACACAUUUUCUCCGUAUCCUGCCUCUGUCAUUGUUCAAGUUUGGAAAGGACACUCUGUAUGGAAAUGGAGACAGUUGCUGCAAUAAUAUACAUGUAGGUGCAUCUGAACCACACAAGGUCCACAUCGCUCAAAAGCUUGUCAAGUUCGCACGUCGUAGGCUACUUGAGCAUCCCAGUAACCUCGCAGCUGAAUCUGCUGGUGGUGGGUCACACUCUGGAGAAAUCAUUGCUCUUCCAACUACCAGGAGUAGUGGGGCUUUCCCAGCUGUACCAAAUAAAAAGAAGAAAGAACCUCCCCCAUCUGCACCACCUGAUUCUAAUAGUUCAAAACCUGAUGGACUGCCUAUCCAAUCCCCUGAUGGAGCGCCAAAUAAUCAACAGCAUUCUAGUGGUGGCACCUCUGGAAAUAUGUGGAAGUAUAUCAUUGCUGUUGCAGGUGUAGUUGUUUUGCUCAUUGUCUCUGCAGCUGUUUUCUGCGUGAUCCGAAGCCAGGCAGUGACAUCCAUAGGUCCUUGGAAGACUGGAUUGAGUGGACAGUUGCAGAAAGCAUUCUUAACAGGGGUUCCCAAGUUGAAUAGAGCAGAGCUGGAAACAGCAUGUGAAGAUUUCAGCAAUAUCAUUGACACUCUUGAUGGUUGCACUAUAUACAAGGGAACACUCUCCAGUGGAGUUGAGAUUGCCGUUGCGUCAACAUUAAUUAAAUCUUCAAAAGACUGGCCCAAGAACUCAGAGAUGGCAUACCGGAAAAAGAUUGAUACACUGUCACGGGUGAAUCAUAAGAACUUUGUCAAUCUUAUUGGCUACUGUGAGGAGGAUGAACCACCAUUUGUUAGGAUGAUGGUGUUUGAGUAUGCUCCAAAUGGCUCCCUCUUUGAGCAUCUACAUGUUAAAGAAGUUGAACAUCUUGACUGGAAUGUGAGGAUGAGGAUUAUUAUGGGAACAGCUUAUUGUCUUCAAUACAUGCACCAUGAUCUAAAUCCACCUGUAUCACAUUCGAACCUAAAUUCAACUGCUAUCUAUUUAACAGAUGAUUAUGCUGCUAAGAUUGGCGAAAUCAGUUUCGGGUUACAUAAUGCAUCCAAUUCAAGGAACUCAGUUGAAGAUGAGAAAGAGAAUUCAGAAUUGCCACCACUUUCUGAUCCAGAAACCAAUAUCUACAGUUUUGGAAUAUUGCUGCUUGAAAUAAUUUCUGGAAAGCUCCCAUACUCGGAAGAACAAGGUCACCUUGUUAGCUGGGCUGCUGAUUAUUUAAAUGACAAGCGGAGCAUUAGCUACAUGAUUGACCCAACACUCAAGUCCUUCAAAAAUGAUGAGCUUGAUGUCAUCUGUGAAGUUAUCGAAGAAUGCAUACGGCCGAAUCCAAUGCAGAGACCAACUAUGAAGUCAAUUAUUUCCAAAUUGAGAGAAGUAAUUUCUAUUUCACCUGAACAAGCGACCCCAAGACUUUCUCCCCUCUGGUGGGCUGAACUAGAGAUCUUAUCUGUGGAGGCAACUUAAGUCCUCUCUGACUCUCUUCUCUGUGUUGUAAGUCAAGCCAAUCUCUCUCUCUUUCUAUCAAAAUGCCAAAGAAUAGCCUUUUGUUGUUCUACUCCCACAUAACCAAAUCCUAUCAAUACUUGUUACUCAAAAUCUCUUUUUGUCUCUCUUCAUACAUAUGUUCUUAUUGUUCAUUCUAUUCAGAUUCUUUCUGUGUCUGCCCUCGCAUUCCGAGCAAUAAAAAGUGUGCUAUAGUGUUGCACAAGUGUGGUGUUGUUGUCCUAAUUUAAUUUAUGCCACAUAUUUGUAAUUUUGUGUUCAAAAUUUGGGAUGUAUAAUACUAACAUACCACUGGGAAAGUCAGUCCCUGUGAAGAUAAGAGUCUGUGAACCUUCUUAUAUAUAGGAUGUUUUCUUUUAUU